AUGGCGAAUCUUAUCAACGAAAUUCCCCGAAACCAGCCUCACCUCGAUUCCCUCAUGUUCCUGCGGCACAACGUUACACAAAUUCAGGAACCAGCCAACGUCGGCUUCGAGCCAAGUCCAGUAUGGCACGAUGAUGAAGCACUUAUUACAGAUGAAACAGCCAAGGUCUUCUUGCGCAACCUUCUUAGCAAGAGUAAGACACAAGUCCGCGAGUUGAGGGUCGAGUCCGACCAAAAGCGACGAGAGGUAGAGAACGCGAAACGUGUACGGCAGAGCAUUCAAGAAGGCCGCGACAACAGGAACGAAGUAGAUGUGGUUAGGUCUAUCUUCUUCAUGCAGGAAUCCCUCCACGAGAUAGAGCGCAAACGGCUCACCGCCGAAGUCGAGACAUCGACCAUCAUAUCGGUAGUCGGGGACCUCUCGCUCGGCGCCAAAAACCAUAAUUUCAAGUCACAAACGUUCAAGAUACCCACGAACUGCGACCUUUGCGGUGAACGUAUUUGGGGUUUAUCCGCCAAAGGCUAUGACUGCAGGGAUUGCGGAUACACCUGCCACAGCAAAUGUGAAAUGAAGGUUCCAGCCGAGUGUCCGGGAGAACAGACUAAGGAAGAGAAGAAGAGGCUGAAAGCGGAACGUCAAGAACAAGCCAGCGCCGCACCAGCUGUUGACCUUGCACCUACCAGCGCCUCAUCAACAGCUCCAUCGUUAUCACGACGGGACACGAUGAAUUCUUUGAGUUCGGGUUACGCAGUCAGCGCCAAUCGGUCUGUAUCCAAUGUUGGCACCCACGAGUCUGUCGCCGAAGCACCUGAAAGCAUUCCUACUAGCACUGCACCAGCAGCCCCUACCGCAACCAAGCCAGCAGUUAAACGAAAUCGUAUCCUGGCCCCGCCUCCUGCUCAAUACAUCAGCAGUCCUCCAUCUGCAGAAGCACCUACAUCUAAUUCCUCGCAGAAAGAACCGCGCGGAAAGAUGCUCUAUCCAUACCAAGCCACUGGGGCUGACGAGGUUACCGUCCAAGAAGGCGAGGAGAUCUUUGUCCUCGAACCAGAUGAUGGAUCGGGCUGGAUGCGCGUCCGAAGUGAGUCUUCAGCCGAAGGCCUCGUUCCUGCCUCGUACGUUGAAGUCCUGGCCGCUCCCGCUUCUUCUUCCAGCCCCGCUGGACGGCCUGGGUCCACCUAUUCAAGCUCUUCUGCGUCGCUGGCAGGCAGUACAGCAGCUGCUGCCGGAAAGAAAGUCGGACCGGCCGUAGCACCUCGUCGUGGAGCGAAGAAGUUACAGUACGUGGAAGCGCUUUACGAUUACGAAGCGCGAAGCGAUAUGGAAUGGAGCAUGGUCGAGGGAGACCGGUUCGUCCUCGUUAAUCGCGACAGCGGUGACGGUUGGGCCGAUGUUGAACGAGGCGGUGUCACAAAGAGCGUUCCGGCGAACUAUAUUCAGGAAGUAUAGAUUUGCUAGAUUGAACUAUAUAAAAUCAUCCCCUUUUCCAUCAGCUGCUCGCUUCUCCUGCCUUGUCCCUUCUCCCUUGCCAUAUUUAUGUUUCUGAUCUCACCUGCAUCAUGGAGUUUGGAGACUAGCGGUGCUUUCAA